AUGAAGUCCUUCAGUGCGGCUGUCCUGGCUGUUGCUGGCUCCUUCGUGGCGGGUAGCAAUGACUACCAGACCUCUCCACCAAAAUACCCAUCGCCUUGGACUGAGGGCUUGGGCGACUGGGCUGAGGCGUACGAAGAGGCGAAGGCAUUUGUUUCUCAGUUGACUCUGGCAGAGAAAGUCAACCUCACAACUGGAACUGGCUGGCAACUUGAGAAGUGUGUGGGAAACACCGGUGGUAUUCCACGUCUCAAUUUCCGCGGACUCUGUCUGCAGGAUAGUCCAGUCGGGAUCCGCAUGACAGACUUCAAUUCUGUAUUUCCCGCUGGCGUUAAUGUCGCCGCGACCUGGGAUAGGAAGCUGGCAUACGCACGCGGAAAGGCUAUGGGCGAGGAGUUUGCUGGCAAAGGCAUUGAUGUUCUGCUUGGACCAGUCGCCGGUCCUCUUGGUCGUGUCCCAGAAGGCGGCCGCAAUUGGGAAGGAUUUUCCGCUGACCCAGUCCUUACUGGACAACUCUUCGCAGAGACGAUCAAAGGUAUUCAAUCCGAAGGUGUCAUUGCCACUGCAAAGCACUACAUCAUGAACGAACAAGACCAUUUCCGUCUUGUUCCCGACUCCGCCGCCUUCGGUUUCAACAUCUCUGAGCCCUUUUCAGCCAACAUCGAUGAUGAAACUCUGCACGAGCUGUACCUCUGGCCUUUCGCUGACGGUGUCCGUGCCGGUGUCGGAUCUAUCAUGUGCUCAUACAAUCAGGUCAACGAUAGCCAGGCCUGCCAGAACAGUUAUGUGCUCAACUAUCUGCUGAAAGGCGAGCUUGGUUUCCAGGGUUUUGUGAUGUCGGACUGGCUCGGCACCCACUCGGGAGUCGCAUCUGUCCUUGCAGGUCUUGACAUGAGUAUGCCUGGAGAAGCCACUGCGUACAAUUCUCUCGACUCGUUCUACGGCACCAAUCUGACCGUAGCUGUGCUCAACGGCACUAUCCCAGCUUGGCGCAUUGAUGACAUGGCCACUCGAGUCCUCUCUGCGUUCUUCUACGCCGGUCUGCAGGUCGAGCGCGAGCCGGAAAACUUCCAGUCCUGGACCACCGACACCUACGGAUAUCAGCACUAUUACACAGGUCAGGGUGGUAUUGUCCAGGUCAAUCAACACGUCAACGUGCAAGGUGACCAUGCUGCUCUCAUUCGCCAGCUCGGAGCUGAGAGCGUCGUCCUGCUCAAGAACAACAACAGUGCCCUUCCACUCAAGGGCGACGAGCCGUUGACUGCCGUCUUUGGUAACGAUGCCGGUCCAAACAUUGAUGGACCAAACGCCUGCUCCGACCGUGGUUGUGACAACGGUACUUUGGGAAUGGCAUGGGGUUCAGGCUCUGCAGAGUUCCCGUACCUUAUCACUCCAGAUACUGCAAUCCAGAACGAGGUUCGCUCCAGGAACGGCUCUUAUGAAUCCAGCCUCAACAACUGGAAUCUUGACCCCGCCGGCGAACUCGCUCGUCGUGCCAAUGUCUCCAUCGUGUUCGCUAACAGCGACUCCGGAGAAUGGUAUCUCGAAGUCGAUGGCAACCUCGGCGAUCGCAACAACUUAACUUUCUGGCAGAAUGCUGAUGCUGCUGUCGAGCGGGUCGCGGGCAACUGCAGCAACACCGUCCUCGUUGUGCACUCUGUCGGCCCAGUGCUGCUUGAGAAGUAUAAGAAGCACCCUAACAUCACUGCAAUUCUCUGGGCCGGUGUGCCCGGUCAGGAAAGCGGUAAUGCCAUUGCCGACGUCUUGUACGGUCGUGUCAACCCAGGAGGAAAGCUUCCAUUCACCGUCGGCAAAUCCCGAAAGGACUAUGGUGCCGACAUCCUCUACACUCCAAACGCUCCUGUGCCUCAGAUCAACUUCAAAGAGGGCACCUUCAUCGACUACCGUGCAUUUGAUGCCCACAACGUAACCCCAACAUACGAGUUCGGUUUCGGUCUGUCGUACACGACCUUCACCUACAGCGAUCUGAAGAUCACAAAGAGCAACGCUUCCGCCUACGAGUCUUUCAGUGGCUACACUAUUGAGGCCCCGACUCUUGGCAACUUCAGCAAGAACCCAUCAGACUACCUCUUCCCAGCCAACUUCUCCCGCGUCAGCCUCUACCACUACCCUUGGCUCAACAGCACCAACUUCACUCUCGCGACCGCCGACCCACAUUAUGGUGUUGACAGCGACAGCUUUAUCCCAGAAGGCGCCCGUGAUAGCUCUGCUCAGCCUGUGCCAAAGGCAGGUGGCGCUCCAGGCGGAAACCCACGUCUCUAUGAUGUCGCCUACAUUGUCGAGGCCACUAUCACCAACACUGGCGACGUCGCCGGUUACGAGGUCCCACAGCUGUACAUUAAUCGUGGAGGCCCUUACGACCCUGUGCGUGAGCUCAGAGGCUUCGAGAGACUAUGGAUCGAGGCUGGCGAGAGCAAGACUUUCACCGUGGAAUUGACUACUCGUGAUAUCUCCUCUUGGAGCGUGGUCGAGCAGGACUGGUAUGUGAGAAACUCUGCCAAGAAGGUCUGGGUUGGAUCUUCGAGUAGGAGUUUGCCACUGGAAGGCGUGCUUGGAGAGGCUGUGAAGAGCUAUUAG